AUGACGACGGCGAUGGUGGAGAAAUACAAAGCAUUCCAUCGCUUGCUCAAUAAAACUUCGAGAACACUUGUUGAUCGCCGAUUCAGACAGCAGGGGCAGUGCGCUCGCGGCGGCUCUGCUGCUUCAGGUCUUGACCAUCGCCCAGACGCAGUUGUAGAGCAACGCGUCUCUUAUCUCGGAUGUCCAAAGCGAGGUUUAUGGACUUCUGCGCGAGCUUCUCUUCCGAGUUUGGUUGAUGGAGGCUUCGCGAGGGAUUACCCGAUGAAUCGGUGUAGAAGCUUUGGUUCAGUUGCUGGUGAAAUUCAGAGAAGCUCCAAGUUUGCAACGUUGAACUCUGAUGACGUGGCGCACUUCAAGGAGAUACUAGGUGAGAGAAAUGUGGUUCAGGAUGAGAGGCUGGAAGCUGCAAAUAGUGAUUGGAUGCACAAAUACGUAGGGUCGAGUAGGAUUCUUCUGCUUCCAAAGUCCACAGAUGAGGUUUCAAGAAUUCUGAAAUAUUGUAAUUCCAGAUGCUUGGCUGUUGUUCCACAAGGUGGAAAUACUGGACUUGUAGGUGGAAGUGUGCCAGUUUUUGAUGAGGUGAUCAUCAAUAUGGCUUUAAUGAAGCAAGUGAUAUCUUUUGACAAGAUCAGUGGUAUUCUAGUUUGUGAAGCUGGAUGCAUACUGGAGGAUCUAAUCUCCUUUUUGGAUAACCAGGGAUUUGUUAUGCCACUCGACUUAGGUGCAAAAGGAAGCUGUCAAAUUGGUGGAAAUGUUGCAACCAAUGCUGGGGGUUUGCGCCUUAUUCGUUAUGGUUCACUUCAUGGGAAUGUACUUGGCCUUGAGGUUGUACUGGCAAAUGGCGAUGUCCUGGAUAUGCUUGGCACAUUACGAAAAGAUAAUACUGGUUAUGACUUGAAACAUUUGUUUAUAGGAAGUGAAGGUUCCCUAGGAAUUAUUACGAAAGUUUCAAUACUAACGCCUCCAAAGCUGUCUUCAGUCAAUAUAGCUUUCCUUGCGUGUCAAGAUUAUCUGAGUUGUCAGAAACUUCUGCUGGAAGCAAAGAGGAGUCUUGGAGAGAUUCUAUCAGCCUUUGAAUUUAUGGACAGUGUCGCGAUGGAUGUGGUUUUAAACAAUCUAGAUGGUGUUCGGAACCCACUGGCUCCCACUGCGCACAACUUUUACGUUUUGAUUGAGACAACAGGCACCGAAGAGUCCUAUGACAAAGAGAAGCUUGAGAAAUUCCUAGUCGGAUCAAUGGAAUCUGGUUUAAUUUCCGAUGGCGUUCUUGCACAAGACAUCAACCAGGCUUCUGCAUUCUGGCGCUUGCGUGAGGGUGUACCUGAAUCAUUGCAGAGAGCAGGUGCGGUUUACAAAUAUGAUCUGUCCUUGCCUGUUGAAAAGAUGUAUGAUCUUGUUGUGGAAAUGAGAGCCAGACUUGGUGAGUCAGUCAAAGUGGUGGGAUAUGGUCAUCUUGGUGACGGAAAUUUGCAUCUCAACAUUUCGGCUCCAAAAUACGAUGAUGCAAUUUUAGCUCAAAUCGAACCUUUUGUCUAUGAGUGGACAUCGAAUCACCGCGGGAGCAUAAGCGCAGAGCAUGGCGUUGGACUGAUGAAGGCCAACAAAAUCUUCUACAGCAAAUCACCUGAAGCCGUUCAACUGAUGGCUUCCAUUAAGAAGUUGGUUGACCCCAAGACCAUACUCAACCCCUACAAAGUUCUUCCUCACUCCCUCAUGUCCUACAGCUGA